AGUUCUCGAGGCCAGGCAUUGCUGCCGCGUGGGUUGUUGUGGCUUCGCGUGGGCAGGGUGCUUGAGGGCGCCCCGAAGAGUGUCAAAAUGACGAAGAAAAGGAAACAUCAAGAGGAUUUUCAUAAGGUGAAAUUAAAAGUUGGAAAAAAGAAGCCUAGACUAGAAAAUGCAACUGAUACAAACUUCAAAACAAGAUCCAUACAUCUUCCUGAACAACUUAGAGGGGAUGGAAUACUGCCAACAAAUAACAGAAAGCUUAAUAUAAAGGAUCUGCUUUCACAAAUGAACCACUAUAGUGCAGGAGUUAAACAAAGUGCGCUUUUGGGGCUCAAAGACCUGUUGUCUCAGUAUCCAUUCAUAAUUGAUGCACACCUUUCGAAUAUACUGAAUGAGCUAGCAGCUGUGUUUACAGACAAGGAUUCUACUGUACGAGCCGCAGCAAUCUCCCUCUUAAAGUUUUUGGCUCCAAAAAUAAGAGCUGAGCACAUCUCUCCAUUUUUUCCUUUAGUGAGUGCCCACCUCUCCAGUGCCAUGACUCACAUCAGUGAAGGAAUUCAGGAAGACUCUUUGAAAGUAUUGGACAUUCUGUUGGAGGAAUACCCCACUCUCCUAAUGGACCGCAGUAGUGUGUUGCUGAAUAACUUUGUAGAACUUAUUUCUCAUCGGCAACUGUCAAAACAACUUAAGAAUAGAGACAAAAUAUCCUGGAGGCUGUCUGUCAAUCCUAAUCGUAGGGUAACUUCCCAACAGUGGAGGCUGAAUGUACUGGUCAGGCUCCGAAAGUUCCUCCAGGUGCUGGUGGAAGGAUCUAGUGAAUUACAAACUGACAGUGAAGGGUUGCAUGGACAAAAUGACAGUCACCAAGUACAGAGGAACUCCUUACAGGUUAAUUGGCAGGAACAUGCCAAUGGCCAUCAACACAUCCAGUUGUAUGAAAAUGGUGGUUUGCAUCCCAGAAUGAAUUCCUCAUUCAGGCUGAGGUCUUUGGUGAGUAUGACAGGCAGUGUCGAAAAAGGCCUCUCAUCUGCUGACAACUUAAAAAGCUUUAUUCAAAUAAUAAUUCCAUUGCUGCUUGAUUGUUGGAUUGAAGCAUCUCCUACACAACUUGCGGAUUCCAUUCUUGAAAAUCUUCUGGAACCUGGAUCUCAGCAUAUCAUGGAGCAAGUACUUUGUAUCAUACACCUGUUGUGGAAGCUUGCAAAACAAAAUGAAGAUCCACAUGAAAUGGAAGCGUGGCUUCGAGCAAAUUACCUGAUUGAUUUCAAGCACCAUUUCAUGUGUCGUUUUCCUUACUCUUUCGAAGAAACAAUCAAGCAUAGAAAGAAAGAUUCCUUGAAAAGCAACAAGUACUGUAUGACAUCUUCAAACAAGUACUGUAUUGACCAUCUCUUGUUGAAUUUAACCUUAUGUGAAAUCAUGGUCUCACUAGCAAGUGCUUCAACACUGCAGAUGGAUUCUCAUUGGCUAGAUAUGAUUAGGAAGUUUGUGAUCGAGACCCUUCAGGAUGGUUGUAAGUUAAAUAGUAAGCAGUUGAACAAAUUGCUCAGAGUGGCUUGGAGACUUUUACAGAUACAAAUAAACAAAGUGGCAACAGAGACUCUAAUGAAAGCAGUUUAUACACUUUACCAGCAAAAAGGUCUUCCUUUCCCUGUGCGCACAUUGCUUUUGAAUUUUUUUAGCAAUGUUUAUCAAAAGGAAGAGUUGAACCCUCAUACCAACAGAAGCAGAAGUAAAGUAUUAUCUCGUUGGCUGGCUGGUCUACCUCAACAACUUGUUCUUCUUGGUUUGAAGAACCCUGAGCUUUCAGACCAGUUGAUUGGUAUUAUUUAUUCUGCUGCAUCUCGGGCAAACAAAGGGAUCCUGCAGAGUUUACAGGCUGCCGCUCCUCGGAUUUAUGAUCCACUAGAUGGCGCUGUGACUCUUCUACCAGCCGAAUCGCAACAACGUUUAAUCCAGCUUGUUUACUUUUUGCCUCAUUUAUCAAGCAAUCUUCUUUCUUCUCUCAGUCACUGCUGUAUUACGGGGAAACUGUCUGUAAAGUUAUCUACCACUCUUAUUGGGAUACUGCGUAUGAGAUCCUCUUUUGUGGGAUGGAAAUAUCCUGUGCAAGGCAGUUCAGUGACUGACAUGGAUUAUUUCAGCUUCUUGUUUUCAACUCUUACAGGCUUUUCCAAAGAAGAGUUGAAUAACCUUCAGAACAUUAGGGGGAGACCACAUGUAAGCCAAACACAGCUCUCCCCUGUCCAGCUCUACUUGACAGAUCUGGACCAGUUUUCGUAUCACUGGGCUGUGACAGAGGUGGUGAGCCAGUGCCUGUCCACUGUACCGUCACGAAGCCAGUGCAUAGAUAUUGUACAAAGUGGCAUUUGUAAAUACCUGGUGGGAUUGACUGUAAUACCUGAUACCACUGCUGGAUCUAUUUUGUGUGCCAUUAGUAAGCUCUUGGAUCAAGCGUGCCUCCUUAAUGAAAAUCUCUCCAAGUUCCUAGCUUCUUUAUGUUACAGUCUCCUUUACCUCCUAUUAACAAUAGAGAGAGAAGAUACAGAACACUUACAGAAGAGGGAUGUACUGUGGGGUUCCUGUAUUUCAUUGCUGACCACUCUGCCUCGCAUAUUGAGACUGAUGUUGCAGAGCCUUCAAGUGAGCAGAGUCUGCCGGGAAGAAUUGCCUGUCCUUGCACAGCUCCUUCGUUUGUUAAUGCAACAUGGACAGCUGCGAAGUCAUAUGGUGACCAAUGAGCUCCUUGUGAAACAGAUUGUCAAAGAUAUCAUGGCAUUGAAGAGUGGUGAACCUCAAGAGCAAUGGUUGACAGACCUCCAUUACUAUUUCAACAUAUACCUAGCCACACAUCCCCCAGGAUCUGGGGCAGCUAACACAGUAUAUUAAAGAGAACAGUUGCAUCUAGUUGAACAUGUUUUGUUUCCAUUUGGGUGUGAAUGCAAAAUGUCAAUUUUCUGUGGAAAUUAAAGUACAUUUCAUAAAAGUUGUGUGUGUGGUGUUUUUUUUUUAAAAAAGCUUCUCUUGCACUGGUACAGAAAUCUAAAACAGCUGGUCCCGAGGAUUAAA